GUGGAGCCCCUAAGAAAAAAUCUGUCAAACAAUUUUAGUCAAUGUAAACAGAAACUUCUGUUUUGAUUUAGAGAAACGAGCUAUGGGGGCCAGAGGAAUAAAUUAUUUGUAUCAUAUUAAUAAAUUACCAGUAGGUGGAGUCCCUAAGAAAAAAUCUGUCAAAAAUUUUAGUCAAUGUGAACAGAAACUUCUGUUGUGAUUUAGAGAAACGAGCUAUGGGGCAGCAAAGAAGAGAAGUAACUGAGUCUUUGCUUGUCAGACAUGGACAUGGAGACCUUGUUCACACUGAAGAAAAUAUUGGCGUUGUUGUUGGGGGUGGAGGGUCAGUGGCUGCUUCCAGUGUCACCACCAUUCUUGCUCUUAGCACCUUUGUGGCAGCUUGCGUUGCCUUUGGUUUUGGAUGUGCUAUAGGAUAUUCAUCACCUACUCAGUCCUCAAUCAUGGAAGAUUUGGGACUUUCUAUGGCAGACUUUUCACUUUUUGGUUCAAUACUUAAUAUUGGAGCAAUUCUAGGUGCAGUAAUAAGUGGGAAGAUUACAGAUUUGCUUGGUCGCAAAUUGACCAUGUGGAUUCUGAAUAUAUUCUACAUCAGCGGGUGGCUCGCCAUAGCAUUUACAAAGGUUCCUUGGCUGCUGGACCUGGGAAGACUAUCACUGGGAUUCACAAAUGGAAUUUCGGGUUAUCUGGUGCCCAUCUACAUUGCAGAGAUAACACCCAAGAACCUCAGGGGAAGAUUUACAGCCAUAGUACCGUUGAUGACUUGUUGGGGCAUGUCAUCCAUGUAUGUGGUCGGUUCCUUUGUCAGUUGGCGCACCUUGGCUCUAAUAGCCAUCAUUCCUAGUAUACUCCAACUCCCACUCCUCUCCUUCAUUCCAGAAUCUCCUCGAUGGCUGGCAAACGUUGGUCGUGACAAAGAGCUUGAAUCUGCUCUGUUGUGCCUCAGGGGAGAGAAAGCUUAUAUUUCUGAUGAAGCAACUGACAUCAAACAUUAUGUGGACUCUCUUAAAAGUAUCUCAGAGGAAGGAAUUUUAGAUGUAUUUCAGAAGAAGUAUGUCCGACCCUUGCUUAUUGUAGCCGGCAUGGUGGCUCUGUUGAGUUUGGGAGGAGUCAAUGCAUUUACAUAUUAUUCUGGUGUUAUUUUUGUCUCAGCUGGUAUAUCCAGCAUGAUUGGACUCAUUGCAUUGGCUGCUGCUCAGACAUUACUUGGCUUUCUAGGUACAAUCUUUAUUGAUAAAUCUGGAAGGCGACCACUUCUACUGGUUGCUUUAGCUGGAUUGUGCUUCAGCAGCUUCCUCACAGGGUUAUCGUUCUUGUUAAAGGAAUAUAAUUGGUGGGGUGAAGGUACUCCUAUUUUGGCACUCAUUGGCAUAUUGAUGUAUAAGGGAUCAUUCGUAGUAGCCGUAGGGAUACCAUGGCUGUUAGUAGCAGAGCUAUUUCCAAUAAAUGUAAAAGGUUCAGCUGGAAGCAUCUGUAAUUUCAUCAGUGGGAUUACUGGUUGGGCUGUUGCAUACUACUUUAACUUACUAACUAAAUGGAGCUCAGCAGGAACAUUCUUUAUAUUUUCAGCCUUCUGCUGUGCAAAUUUCAUCCUAGCAGCAACAAUGGUGCCGGAGACUAAAGGUCGAACACUGGAAGAAAUACAAGCAUCAAUUACUCAUUCUUCACAUCUGAAUGUGCGCCAUCACCAUUCACCAGUCAUUAUCUGCUUUGGUCACAUGGGGUUCAUGAGCAAUAUGGGGGAAGAAGCGGCAACAGUGACACAAUCUUUGCUUGGUAGACGAGGACAUGGUGGUGGUGGUCAGCUGCAGACUGUUUCAAGUGUCACUACUACUCUUGUUCUUAGCACCUUUGUUGCAGCUUGCAUUUCCUUUGGUUUUGGAUGUGUUAUGGGAUAUUCAUCACCUACUCAGUCUGCAAUCAUGGAGGACUUGGAUCUCUCCAUUGCAGAGUUUUCACUUUUUGGUUCAAUGUUAAAUAUUGGAUCAAUUCUAGGUGCAUUAGUAAGUGGGAGGACAACAGAUCUCCUUGGUCGUAAAUGUACAAUGUGGGUUUUGAACUUAUUCUACAUUAUGGGAUGGUUCGCUAUAGCAUUUGCAAAGGUUCCGUGGUUGCUUGAUGCAGGAAGACUAUUACUGGGAUUCAGAAAUGGAAUUGCUGGUUAUUUGGUACCUUUAUAUGUUGCAGAGAUAACACCCAAGAAUCUUAGGGGAAGAUUUUCAGGUCUAGUACAGACAAUGGGUGUAAUAGGCCUUUCAAUGAUGUAUAUUAUUGGUCCUUUCUUCAGUUGGCGUAUCUUGGCUCUGAUAGGUAUUAUUCCAAGUCCACUACAACUCCCACUUCUAUUUUUCAUUCCAGAGUCUCCUAGAUGGCUGGCAAAUGUUGGCCGAGAAAAGGAGUUUGAAAAAGCUCUGCUGUCCCUCAGGGGAGAGAAAGUCAAUAUUUUUGAGGAAGCAACCACUAUCAAAGAUUAUACGGAAUCCCUGAAAUGUUUCUCAUGGGGAGGAAUUUUAGAUUUAUUUCAGCGAAAAUAUGCUCAUCCCCUAAUUAUUGGAAUAGGGCUGAUGGCACUGCAACACUCAGGAGGGGCCAAUGCAUAUGCAUAUUACUCUGGUGUUAUUUUUGUCUCAGCAGGUUUAUCAAAAUAUAUCGGGCUUAGUACAUUGGCUGUUGUCGAGAUAUUAAUGAGCCUUCUUGGUACCAGCUUGAUCGAUAAGUUUGGAAGACGAUCACUUCUACUGGUUUCUUCAUGUGGAUUAUGCUUCGGCAGCUUCCUCACUGGAAUAUCAUUCCUUUUAUAGGACUAUAACUGGUGGGGUGAGCGAACCCCUAUUUUGGCACUCAUUAGCAUAUGGCUUUAUAUGGGGUCAUACCAAGUAGGAAUGGAAGGAAUUCCAUGGAUUAUAGUGGCAGAGAUAUUUCCCAUAAACAUAAAAGGUGCAGCUGGAAGCAUUUCCAGUUUGAUUGGGAAUUUGUUUUCUUGGAUUGUUUCAUACAACUUUAACUUCUUAUUUCAAUGGAGCUCAGCAGGCACAUUCUUCAUAUUUUCAGCUAUUUGUGGUCUGAAUGCCAUAUUUGCCGCGACAAUGGUACCGGAGACUAAGGGAAGAACACUAGAAGAAAUACAAGCAUCACUUACUAGCAUAUGAAGAAGUGUGUCAACAAUGUAUAUGAAUACUGGCACUUUGAAUAAAUUGCUUUAGUUAUCACCUUAACAAAGGGUGUUUUUGUUAUUA